GAGGGACUUAAGACCUCACGGAAUCCUGCAGGAGUUCAGCUACCGUUGGGUACGCAGAAAAUCGAACCGUCUGAUUCUACCAUGCGGCUGUUAAUACACAGUAAUUAUAGGUAAAGGUGACGCUUAAUCAGUAGCCGAGGGUAUUAAGUCCAUAAUAACAGAUGUGCUGUUUUAUUUUGUCGUAACCCUAUACGAGUUAUUAGUUACAGUUUUUUUUAAGUACAAUAUUUCCGAGGACGGAAGGAAGACCGCAUUAAGAAAAUGAAAACAGAGGGUACAGACGGUCUUGAACGGUUUACAAGUCCUGGCAAAGGAAGAGGGCUGAGGUCGACGAAGCAUUUCAAAGUUGGGGACCUUCUGCUAUCCUGCCCAGCGUACGCAUACGUCUUGACUGUCAGCGAAAGGGGGGGUCACUGUGAAUUCUGUUUCACAAGGAAGGAAGGCCUGUCCAAGUGUGGGAAGUGCAAGAAAGCUUUUUACUGCAAUGUGGACUGCCAGAAAGGAGACUGGUCCAUGCAUAAGCUGGAAUGCUCAGCCAUGUGUGCCUAUGGAGACAACUGGAGCCCAUCUGAAACAGUCAGGCUGACCGCCCGGAUCAUUGCUAAGCAGAAAAUGCAGACGGAGAGGAGUGCAUCGGAGAAGCUGCUGUUGGUGAGGGAGUUUGAGGCUCAUCUAAAGGAACUGGAUAACGAGAAGAGAGAGAUGAACCAGACAGACAUAGCGGCUCUCCAUUACUUCUAUUCCAAACACCUGGAUUUUCCUGAUCACGCCGCCCUCACAGUACUCCUGGCUCAGGUAAACUGCAACGGGUUCACCAUUGAGGAUGAGGAACUCUCCCAUUUGGGCUCAGCGGUGUUUCCAGAUGUUGCACUAAUGAACCACAGCUGUUGUCCAAACGUCAUCGUCACAUACAAGGGGAUUAUCGCUGAGGUGCGAGCUGUCCAAGAGAUCUGCCCAGGGGAGGAGAUUUUCACCAGCUACAUCGACCUACUCUAUCCAACGGAGGACAGGAAUGACAGAUUGAGAGAUUCCUACUUUUUUACCUGCGAUUGCAGGGAGUGCGCAACCAAAGCCAAGGAUAAGGAAAAAAUGAAAGUUUGUAAGCUGGGCACACCCCCAGAGCCUGAGGCCAUCCAGGGUAUGGUGAGAUAUGCCAGGAAUGUCAUCGAGGAUUUCCGGAGAGCAAAGCACAGCAAAACGCCUAGUGAGCUGCUGGAGAUGUGUGAGCUUAGCCUGGACAGGAUGGGCAGCAUCUUCGAGGACACCAAUGUAUACAUGCUGCACAUGAUGUACCAGGCCAUGGGUGUGUGCCUUUACCUGGAGGACUGGGACGGAGCCAUGUCCUAUGGGGAAAAAAUCAUCAAACCCUACAGCAUGCACUACCCUGCCUACUCCCUUAAUGUGGCCUCCAUGUACCUGAAGCUGGGCAGACUGUAUUUGGGACUGGAGAAGAAAUCAAUGGGAAUAAAGGCCUUAAAGAAGGCCUUGGCCAUCAUGGAGGUGGCUCAUGGGAAGGAUCACCACUACGUUGCAGAGAUCAAGCAGGAGAUCGAGCUGCAGAAAUGAAAACCCUUGCAACAGCCAUGGAAUCCCCACCCACUCCCAUCCCAGUCAAUCCCAGUCCAUCCCCUCCCAUCCCAUGAAAUGAAAACUCGCUUUCACAGAACACUUAUUAAACCUCCCCAUCUCUUCUUGUUAAUUUCUGCCAAAAUGACAAAACUGAUCAUUUGUUUUCGGUGUCGUACGGCACGUUUCGCAUCAUGGUCACUUCUUUCGUAACAAUGUAGCAUGGGUAGGCGUGCUCCCUACUUCCUGUCCUGCAUAAUGGCUGCUACAAACUUUAUGGAAUGCUUUUACACCAUUCAGUGGUUUUCGUACAGUACUAAAGAUGUGGACAGUCCCAAGAGGUAGUUUAACUGUAGAGCAGUGUUUCCUAAACUAGUGUGUAUGAGUGUAUGAGGUGUAUGAGUAUAGUCCACUUGGCUAUGCUAGUACGUGUAUGUGGCGGGUCUCCAAAAAACAAUGCAUUUGGGUCCAAAUAUUUUGCAAAUAUUUCUAAUUUUGGUCCUGAUAUUACAGUUUAAGAACAAGUGCUGUAGAGAAUUACAAUGAUGUGAAUGGUACUUUAUUAUACCAGGAUCUUCUCAUUUUCUGCUGGGUGAUCUGUUGCAGUUUACAGUAUUUGAGGUUUUGAAGAGGUAAUAUAUGAAGCACAAUAUUUUGUUGCUUGAUGGAUAUUUUCUACUGAAAAGACGUUACUCCUUUAACUGAAAAGUGUUAAUUUGGGGUCUUUUACAUAGAUUCUUUUUAUUAUUAUUAUAAUUUUUGUUUUUACCAUUGUUGACUCGGUCAGAUGGGUUCUGGAGCCAGUUGGGCUGUCUCUGUCCCAAUGCAUUUCUGAUACUCCCAUCUUCAGAAUAGCUUGCUGUGGUUACGCUCAACUGCAACCCAAACACUCCACUGCAUGCAAUGGCUUGCAGUGCAGCCCAUCUGCCUACACCCGUCUACAGCUCACUUCCCAUACUACAGGAGGAUUAUGGGUUAUAGCGCCUCUAGUAUUGGUGCUCCUCUGUCCUUUUAUGUAUUGUAAUAACGCAUGGCAAGGAAGGAAUGCAAUCUCUUUUAGCAAACUUUGUUCUGUUUGGUUUGAAAUUGUCCUGCAUCAGCACUGAAUAAAAACCCUGAAAGACAA